AUGGUCGCGACGUCGUCUCUCGAUGAAUUUGGCUCCGAGACCCGAUCACGAGCAAUAAAACAUGUCACCCGGGCUUGCAGUAGUUGUCAGAAGCGCAAAACCAAAUGUGACGGAUUGAAGCCGCAGUGUUCUGUGUGUACUCUUUACAAACGGGAUUGCACCUAUUCACAACAGAUCGACAAGCGGAGAAUGGCAUCGAAAGGAAAAAUUUCGACAUUGGUGACCUAUGUACAAGAUCUUGAGUCUCUGCUCCUACAUCAUCAUAUUGAAUUUCCACCCAGCCGGCCGGGGAUCUUCUUGCCUCCGUUGCCUACGCCUUCUCCUUCUGCCGCCGACCCUGAACUCGAAGCGAGCGAGACAGUCCAAGGGGUUACUGGCGACACAGGCCCUACAAUCGAGCCGUCCAUAUCCACUGUGUCAAACGACAGUCCAGAUGACAUCCAAGAGCGUUUAUCUAUCUCCGGGGAAUCGUCAUACCACACCAAUCACAUAUCCGACCGCAUGGGAUCAUUGCAGAUUGCAGAAGAUGGGCAGCUGCGACUUUUUGGGCCAACUUCAAAUCUUCAUAUAUCACACGUUGGUCCUUUUCCACUUUUCAACUCGAACAUUCGCUUAGUUCACUGGAAUGAGCCUCUCAUUCUUACGGCAGCUGGAGUCAAUAAUCAUGUUGACGAAGAGCUAGAGGAUCAUCUGACCAAGUUAUACUUCGCUUGGGAAAAUCCGAAUAUUCCGUUGGUUGACGAGAAGGCAUAUUAUCAUGGCAAGGACUGCUAUCGAAGGCUCAAUCAACCGAAUCAUCGAUAUUCUGAGGUUUUGAACAAUGCUAUGUAA